AUGAGCAGAGAGCAGUGGGAUCUGGAAUGUCGUGGUUAUGGCAUACAAACAAGCAAAUUUCCUUACUUAGCUGAUCCAGAACGACGUCGUCUGCUAGAAGAGGGUCAGCAACAGCAAGGAUAUAGUCGCUGA